UGUAGCACCGGUUGUGCACACGCGUAAACAAGGACCUGGGUAACUUGUAUAAUAAGAAACGUUGUUACAUGUAAUGUGUUAGAGCCGGAAACCUGUCGUACUUUAUUUAAGACAAAAAAGGGCAAACAACAGAAAAUGGCGUCUUCAGCGUUGCAAAGUGACAGCGAUGACGGCAUGGACGAAUUUAUGGACAAAUUCAAGACCCAGAGAUAUAAACAUGGCUUCAGUGAAGACGGCUGGGAAGAGGAGUUUAAUAAAAUACCCAUGUUCAUGAAAACAGCACCCGAAGAGAUUGACCCACAAAAAUACCCCGAGCUAGCUUGUCUCCAGGCCAUUAUCCACGAUGAAGACAGGCCCCCGGAGGAGCAAGCACAGAGCCUGAAAAAUGAGGGGAAUGCGUUUUUCAAAGAGAAGAACUACCAAAAGGCCAUACUGUCCUACACAGCAGGUCUGAAGAAGAAAUAUGAAGACCAGGAGCUCAGCACUGUUCUUCUCACCAACCGGGCUGCAGCACACUUUUAUCUGGGUAACAUGCGCUCUGCACUGAACGAUGCUGCGGCAGCAAGGAAGAUCAAACCAGAUCACCUCAAAGCCUUGAUCAGAGGAGCCCAGUGUUGUAUAGAGCUGCGUAACUUCUCAGAGGCCAUCCAGUGGUGUGAUGAAGGCCUUAAAGUACAUCCCACCGACAAGAAACUGCAGGAGCUCAGAGCUGCUGCAGAUAAACACAAGAGAGCUGCAGAGAGAGAUGCCAGGAAAGCCAAGGCCAAAGAAAAAAAGUUGCACGGUGAGAAAGAAGCUCUUCUGGCUGCUAUAAAGGAACGAGGUAUCAAGCUUCUUCAGCCUGCAAAGCCUCGUCAGUGUGGAUCAGACAAUGAGGAUGAGGAUGAGGAUGAAGGCUCCUCUGCAGUGAUUUCACAGCUGAGCCUGGACGGCCUCAGCUCCCAGGAGGCCACAGGGGCUCGAGUCUUCUUGGACGAGCAGGGCUCUCUGCACUGGCCUGUUCUCUUCCUGUAUCCUGAACACCAACAGAGUGAUUUCAUCUCGGCUUUCUGUGAGAGCAACUGUUUCGUGGACCACCUGGCAGUCAUGUUUGGAGAAGAACUCCCACCUUGGGACUCAGACCGAAAAUACCACCCACAAAAUCUGCAGCUCUACUUUGAGGAUGAAGAGAAGGAGACACUCUACCAAGUAAACCCAGAGACGCCACUUUUAAAAGUGCUGCAGCAUAAAAGGUGUUUUGUUAAGGCAGGCAGCCCCAGCUUCAUUGUUCUGGUAAAUGGCUCAGCUUUCAGGAAGCAGUUUUUAACAGGAAAAAAAAUACAAGGAUUGUAAAAAAAAAAACAAAAAACGACGGCCUUCAAAUCUUGGACUUUUAAUACAUAAUACAUGAUUCUCAUUUCUACCCCUAAAGACUGACUUUGUCUUUGAAAAAGACGCCAGGGCAAAUAUUUAUCCUGUGCCCAAGAGCUUGGCACACAGUAUGACAACAAAAUGAAUGCAAAAUAAAUGGGUUCUUCAAAAGUUAUCCAUGUGGGUUCUUUGCGUCUGUUCAGAGAUAAAACUCAUCUGAAAACAAUGCAAUUUAUUCAGGAUCUCAAUAAUAUUAAUCAACAUAAACAAGUGAUUUAAGUGCUUGUAAGUAAACAUCAAAAAAAUGUUUUGACAUUUAAAAUACUAGUGAAUCUCUUCCUAAACAGUGCAGUUUGUCCCUUAGUCUGGUGCUACAUAUCUCAGAGUUGGUCAACAAGAAAAGCAACUUAAUCUUAAAUUCAUCUUUGUUAUAAUUUGGAUUUAAUAUUUAAAUGAAUUUCCUCAGACAUGGUUUACAAAGGACUGAGUGGAAAGUGAAAGUGAGAGGUGUGACUACUUUUUGCUUUUUGACAAGGAAGUUUUGUGACUUCUACCAGGAAUAAUGAGUAAUGAUACUUAACAUACCAUACCGAUGACUAAUGCGCGUCUCUUUCAGUAUUUGAUGCCGCAGUCAGUGUUCAGAAAGCAGCUUUUCUAGCUUGGUCAGGUCAGUGUGGUUUCCUGUACUGGUGAUAUGCUACAGUUCAUUACAAUAAACCACCCAGCAUGGCAUAAGCUGCCUAAAGCUAUGUUUGUGUCAAGGUCUGUGUUGUCAGUGUAAUUUCAUAAACUAAUCAAUAAGAUGCUCUUGCCAAGUCGUGUCGUUUUGUGACAAACCAAGUAUGUUCGGUUUACCCCAGAAAGAGGGUUCACCUGCCAUCAUCAGACUUGCCUGUAAUACACAGGCAUUUUACAUAGUCGUAAAAAAGAAAUUGGGCCAAACAAAAGAACGACACGUUAGUGAUUUCCUUUAGUUUCCUUAUACUUUGACUUUUCUCUUAGGUAUGACCAAAAUUCAAGAGCGGUUUAGAUUUGUUGUACCAGUCACAUACAGUUUGUCUUUGCCAUCAGUGGGAAAACCUCUCACUUUGACCUGAAAUCAUAAUGCUUUAACCUGAAUGAAUUUUGAGCUUAUAUAUAAAACACCAAAAUGAACUAAAAUAAAAUGUAUAUCUAACACAAACAUGAUGCAAAGUUAAUGUUAUCUUCACAAAAUCAUCAUCAUCAUCAUCAUCAUCAUCAUCAUCAUCAUCAUCAUCAUCAUCAUCAUCAUCAUCAUGGCUUGACAAUUUACUGAGAAAUGAUAACAUCUCAUAAAGGCACACCUCAUGAAAAGAUGUCACUCGUCAGGUUGAAAUGAGACAAGAGAGUUUGGUGUGUCUGACUUGAAACACUCGUACAAGUAAGCCUAACAAAAAAAGUAUUAUAUUUAGGAUAAGAACUCACAAAUGAGGCCUGGUGUGUGGUUUUGAUUUACCAUUUUUCAAUGAUGCCAUUGGAUGUUUAAGAGAACUCGUAUUGGUCUGAUUGAAUUGACACCAAAUUUUGCACUCUUAAUGUAAGAUUUAUUUUAUUUAUUUUAACUGGGAUGAAAUUACUAUAAUUACCUAAAAUUAAUCAUAUUAUAGAAUCAUUGAUAUGUUUGAUUACUGUAAUUAGUCUCGUGUGUGAUUACUGUUAAGAAACACAAAAGAAUUCAGCAUAUUGUGUUGCUACAGGAAACAUUUCAAAAUGAUUACAUCACAGCUAGAAACAGCAGCAGAACCCGAGCUAAAUAAAAAUUCUGUCUUAAGACAAAUCAGUACAAUGAGAAGCCGCCAAUGUCAUU